UUAAUUUUUUAUAUUAGUUCUUCCAUCAUCUUUAAUUUUCUCCCAUAUCAACAUCAUUCCUUCAUUUGCCACAUUCUUGCUUCUUGAUUCUUCAUGCUUAGUCUAUUUUGACCAUAAGAUAAUUGGCCAACUUUCACUUUUUCUCUUGAGCAGAAUGCACACCAUCUGAUUUUAUUUUGCAUGCCAUGAUUUUUCAAUGGCUUCUAGUACUAAUUUGGAUCUUUAUUGGCUCAAGCUAUGGCCAACAGUUCUAUGAUCCAACCUCAUGUUUUUCUAGUAUCACUUCUCCAGGCACAAGAUACACAUGUAGUAGUUCACCAAAAAAUUCCUGUCAGACAUUUUUGGUUUAUAGAGCCAACCAAGAUUACACAACAAUCUCUGCUGUAUCUUACUUGUUUGGAAUAUUGGACCCUGAUGAACUACUCAACAUGAACAAUGUCACGUCUUCGUCACAGAUUCUUGAAAUUGGUAGAGAAGUGAUUGUUCCAAUUCAAUGUUCUUGUUUAGGUGAAUUCUUUCAAGCAAAUGUUAGUUACAUUGCACCUACAAACACGAAAUUCGACGAUGUUGCUUGUGGUGUUUUUGAAGGUCUAGUUAAGUCUGUCACACUUUAUGAGCAGAACAAGAAAAUCAAAUUUUCUGAUGAAAUUAAAGGUGGAACAGAGUUGCUUGUGCCUUUGAAAUGUGCAUGUCCUGAUAAAUUCUUUGGUCCUGGAUUAAAGUACCUUGUGACAUACCCUUUUAUUACAGGUGAUGAUACAGGAAAAGUAAGUGAAAAAUUCAGUAUUCCUGUUGAAGAUAUAUGGGGAGCUAAUAAUUUAAGUUUUGAUCCCCCUGUUUUUUCUAACACAACAAUUUUGGUCCCCCUUAGAGGCGAACCGUCAAUAAAUUUCAGCAAUAUUCAUGAUUCUGAACCUCCUAGCCCUGGUUUUCUACCAACUCAACUGGUCGAAAAAUCAUCCAAAAAUCCGAAAAUAAAGAAACUCUAUAUUGCAGGAUCAGUUAUUGGUUUUUUUCUUGUUGCUGCAACUUUAGUUGCUUGUGGUUUAUAUGUAAGGGCCUUAAAGAAAUUCAAGGCAGAGCGGACAAUACAUAAGGGGUCUUUUAAUUCAGGUUCAUUAACUCCAAGAAGCUCGCCUCCAAUAUCCGGUCCAACGCCUGCUAGAAGCUCAACGAAUUCGUGCUUUUCUCCUGAUUUGCUUGCAGGAAUAAAGUACACUUUAGGGGAGUACAACAUAGAUGAAUUGACAAACGCGACGGGUAAUUUUAGUGAAGAGACUAAGAUAAGUGACAAUGUAUACAAGGGAUGUGUUGAUAAUAAUGCAGAAGUACUGAUCAAGAGAAUAAGAUUUGAGGACACUAGACAAGUAAUUGAUGUACAUUCAAGAAUCAAUCAUGUGAAUAUUGUAAAGCUUCAAGGUGUUUGUUAUGGCGAGGAUGAUAUAACAGGAUCUUAUCUUGUAUUUGAAUAUCCAUCCAAUGGGACUUUAAGGGACUGUUUGUCUAAUUCCUCUAUUUCUUCUCUAAAGUGGCAUAAAAGGACUCAAAUUGCUUUUGACAUUGCCACAGGGCUACACUACUUGCACUUUUGCACAAUUCCACCUUAUACACACAUGAACAUCAACAGCAAAAACGUCUUCUUGACCCCGAAUUGGAGGGCAAAAUUGGCCGUUUUUGGAGCUAAAGCAAGCAUUGGAGCAACCAGGGAAGUUGGAAGUAUCGGGAGUCUAGGAGGGUGGAUUGCCCCUGAACAUCUAGUACAUGGUUCGGUGUCUGAAAAAGUGGACAUUUUUGCAUUCGGAGUAGUACUACUCGAGCUCAUAUCGGGGAAAGAAGACGUUGAUGGGAAUUUCUUGAGGGAUUCAAUUACUUUUUUGGGAGGGGGAGCUAAUGAGGGAGGAUGUUUUGAACAAUUGAAGAAUUUUAUUGAUCCAUGCCUUAUGGAAGAUUACCCUUUAGCAGAGGCAUUGUGUUUAGCUGUUUUAGCUAAAGCUUGUAUUGAAGAUGAUCCUCUUCAUAGGCCAUCGACGGAUGAUAUAAUUAAAGUCCUUGCAAGAAUGGUAUGAGUUCAUAAACACAUUUUUCCAUCUGGUGUCCGGUACCAGCAUUAAGGGCCGACUAAAUUCGGGUUCGCAACUGGAAACACAUUUCAUUCAUAUUGUACUUGCAAGGCAAUUUAUGUCACAUUGUAGCUACAUUAUUCACUAGA